AAUUAUUUAUAGUGAAAAAUAGUGAAAAAGAUUGUUGAUUAAAGUAGAUUAUUAUUUAGAAUACGAAUAGUUUUUAGAUAUUUAGUGAGUACAAACAGUAAAAAAUAUUUAAGAAUGUCAGAAGAAACAUUUAUGUCAGUGAAUGAUCAGGUAAUUAAAAUUGAACCACCAGAGUAUUCUCCGGAAGACAUUAAACGCGAAAAUGAGUAUGAAUUUGAUGACCUUGAUGCUAUCGUUAAAUCUGAAUCGUGUUCUGAGGAUGAUGAUACGUGUUUAGAUAGAUUCAUGAAUUCCGAGGUGACAAUUGAAGAUGAAGUCAAGCAGGAGUCUUAUGAUUGUGACAUUUGUAAUCAAUCAUUUGCAGAAUCGCAUCAUCUAACAAAACAUAUGGUCGAUCAUAUGCCUAACCAUAGCGAAGAACGUCCUUACAAAUGUGGUAUCUGCCCAAAGACUUUCAGUCAAUCAAGAGGGUUGAACACACACAUGGUCAUUCACAGUGGUGAGCGUCCACAUAAAUGCAAUGAAUGCAAUAAGGCUUUCAUAACUGUAACUCAUCUGAAAAGACACAUGCUCAUUCACAGUGGUAAGCGCUCUCAUGAGUGCAAUAUAUGCAAGAAGAGAUUCACACAAUUAAGGUAUCUGAAUAGUCACAUGCUCAUUCAUAGUGGUGAGCGUCCACAUAAGUGCAAUGAAUGCAAUAAGACAUUCACCCUAUCAAGGCAUCUGAAAUAUCACAUGGUCAUUCACAGUGGUAAGCGCACCCAUGAAUGCAGUAUAUGCAAGAAGACAUUCAUAUAUUUGUGGACUCUGAAAAAACACAUGCGCAUUCACAGUAAUGAGCGCUCUCAUGAGUGCAAUAUAUGCAAGAAGGCAUUCUUGCAAUUAAGUAAUCUAAAAAGACACAUGCUCAUUCACAGUGGUGAGCGCUCACAUGAGUGCAGUAUAUGCAAGAAGACAUUCAUAGAAUUGUGGACUCUGAAAGCACACAUGGUCAUUCACAGUGAUGAGCGUCCACAUAAAUGCAAUGAAUGUAAUAAGGCAUUCAAAACUAAAACUCAUUUGAAUGAUCACAUGCUCAUUCACAGUGGUAAACGUCCCCAUGAGUGCAAUAUAUGCAAGAAGACAUUUAUACAAUUAAGUAAUUUGAAAAGACACAUGCUCAUUCACAGUGGUGAGCGCUCCCAUGAAUGCAUCAUAUGUAAUAAAGCAUUCAAAGAUAUACACGGUUUGAAGGUUCACAUGCUCAUUCACAUUGGUGAGCGUUCCCAUGAGUGUAAGGAAUGCAAUAAGACAUUUAUACGAUUAAGCCAUCUGAAAAAUCACAUGUUCACUCAUACUGGUAAGCGCCCCCAUGAGUGCAGUAUAUGCAAGAAGUCGUUUACACAACCAUCUCAUCUGAAAAGUCACAUGCUCGUUCACAGUGGUGAGCGUCCCUAUAAAUGCAGUAUAUGCAAUAAGGAAUUUACUGUAUCAAGAGUUUUGAACAAACACAUGGCCAUUCAUAGUAGGAAGCAUGAUGAAAAUCAGAUCAGGCAAUUAAAAUUGAACCAACAGAAUAUUCAGCAGAAGACAUUGAAGGCGAAAAUGAUGAUGAAUUUGGAUGCUAUUGUUAAAUUUGAAUCGUGUUCUAAGGAUAAUGAUGCAUGUUUAGAAAGAUUCAUGAAUUCCGAGGUGACAAUUGAAGAUGAAGUCAAACAGGAGUCUUUCGAUUGUGAAAUUUGUAAUCAAUCAUUUGCAGAAUCGCAUCAUCUAACAAAACAUAUGGUCGAUCACAUGCCUAACCCUAGUGAAGAACGUCCUUACAAAUGUGAAAUCUGUCAAAAGACUUUCAAACAAUCAAAAAGAUUGAAAUCACAUAUGGUCAUUCACAGUGGUGAGCGUCCACAUAAAUGCAAUGAAUGCAAUAAAACAUUCAAACAAUCAGCUUAUUUAAAAAAACACAUGCUCAUUCACAGUGAUGAGCGCCCCCAAGAGUGUAUUAUUUGCAAUAAGGCAUUCAAAACUAUAGCUCGUUUGAAAAAUCACAUGCUCAUUCACAGUGGUAAGCGCUUCUAUGAGUGCAGUAUAUGCAAGAAGACAUUCAUACAACCGGAGGUUCUGAAAAGACACAUGCUCAUUCACAGUGGUGAGCGCCCCCAUGAGUGCAGUAUAUGCAAGAAGACAUUCAUACAAAUGGGGAAUCUGACAAGACACAUGCUCAUUCACAGUGCCGAGCGUCCCUAUGAAUGCAAUGAGUGCAAUAAGACAUUCAAACAAUUAAGGGAUCUGGAAUCUCACACGCUCAUUCACAGCGGUACGGGCUCCCAUGAGUGCAAUGUAUGCAAGAAGACAUUCACACAUUUAGGUGCACUGAAAAGACACAUGCUCAAUCACGGUGAUGAGUGGCCUCAUAAGUGUAUUAUAUGCAAUAAGGCAUUCAUACAAACAAGUCAUCUGAAAACUCACAUGCUCAUUCACAGUGGUCAGCGUUCCUAUGAGUGCAGUAUAUGCAAUAAGACAUUCAUAACUAUAAAUAAUCUAAAAAGACACAUGCUCAUCCACAGUGGUCAGCGUUCCCAUGAAUGCAGUAUAUGCAAGAAGACAUUCAUACAAUCGGGGACACUAAAAAGACACAUGCUCAUACACAGUGGUGAGCGUCCCCAUGAAUGCAAUCAAUGCAAGAAGACAUUUAUGCAAUCAAACGAUCUGAAAAGACACAUGCUCGUUCACAGUGGUGAAGCGCCCCCAUGAGUGCAAUAUUUGCAAAAGGACAUUUACAUGUUCAAGGCAUCUGAAUAGGCACAUGCUCAUUCACACUGGUGAGCACCCCUGUAAGUGCAAUAAAUGCAAUGAGACAUUUGCACAUUUAAGUAGUCUGAAGAAGCACAUGCUGA